GUAUAUAAGAGCAAGCUCACCAGCUCACUUCAUCAGUAUCGAGGAUAUCGGUCAUCAUCAUGAUUUAAUUUUUUUGUGAUGCUUCUGGUGGUAUUUCAAGUCAUUGCUACGUCUGGUGAUCAAAGUGUGUCAGAUGAGAGAAAUCGGCAGGCAUGUUUGUCAGGUGGAGUUCCAGGUGUACCUGGAUCACCUGGAUUGAAUGGAUCACCCGGACGAGAUGGAAUGAAAGGAGAGAAAGGUGUGAAGGGAGAAAAUGGAUUAGCUGGAGAUGUCGGAGGUAAAGGAAAUGCUGGGAAGAUAGGUCCACAAGGUCCACAAGGGAUAAGAGGAGAAAAAGGAAGGAAAGGAGAAGCUGCGAUACUCAACUGGAAACAGUGUGUGUGGGAUAGAGAGGAUAAUAAGGACAGGGGUCUCAUUCAGAACUGUAAUUUUAGGAAACAUGACAACAAUUCAUCUCUGCAUGUUGCAUAUGGAGGAAAUGUCAUGGUUUACUGCUCCAGUAGUUGGUGUUGUUCUUGAUGGUACUUUACAUUCAAUGGUAACGAGUGCAGUGGACCUAUGACUAUUGAGGGAGCUGUGUUUGGUAAUCCAGCUGAUGAUGUUGCUCAUCGUCAUGGACAGAUUGAGGGAUACUGUGAGAACAUUCCAGCAGGUCAAGUCACAAUUGGAUUCUACAUUGGAAACUGUCAGAAAUGGGGUUCAACAACACAUGAUGGCUAUACAGGAUUUCAUUCACCAUCUCGCAUUAUGAUUGCAGAAGUUCCUCCACCACAAAAGUGACUGAAUUUGAGAGGAAAUUAGAACUUGUGUUCAAUAGAGUUUACAGUACGUACAGUACGAGGUAGCUGGUAGGAGGAUGGGGAUGGUGUGCUUGCCUGUCUGUCUUUGCCGUAUGUGAGUGUAUGUAUGAUUAAUUUAACAUGUAUGUUGUAGCUGCAACUAAGGAUUAAAUCAUCCGUGAAAGUUAUUGAGCAUCGUAA